CCGAAGCUAAGGUGGAUUGAAGCUCUUUGUUGGUCUUUUUUUACUCUACAACCCCAUGACUGCUCCACGAAAAUUUUUGACAAAACAACAACUAUAUCCCCGUCGUGUUUAACAGAAGGCUAUAAUACCGCACUGCAAUCUAGAGCAAAGGAAAAUGGAGAUCCUCAUUAUCAAUCCCAAUUCCACUCAGGCCAUGACCGAUGCUUUGAAGCCAUUAGUGGAAAGCCUAGGUUAUGACAAGACAACAUAUACUUUCUUCACCGCGCCGUCAGGCCCGAAGAGCAUCAAUGAUGAAGGAGAUGCAGUAGUAAGCGUCGAUCAUUGUGUGCCCUCCAUUCUGCCAAUGCUAGAGACCCACGAUGCUUUUUUAGUAGCUUGUUAUAGCGAACAUCCUCUGGUGCCGAUUUUGCGUGAGCGGACAAGCAAGCCAGUAACCGGGAUAUUCGAAUCAAGUGUGACGGCAGCCUUGCAUUUGAUGCAUCCUUGGCAGAAAUUUGGCAUAGUCAGCACAGGGAAGGUCUGGGAAGAGAUAUUGACCAACGCCACUGCACACUUUUUGGGUUUUGGUGAGAUCAGUACCUCUUCCGUCGGCGGUGGCGAGAGUAAACGGUUUGCUGGUGUUGAGACAACCGGUCUUUCAGCGGUAGAGCUGCAUGACGUAUCUGCGGAUGUAGUGCGCGAGAAGAUGAUCAAUGCAACCAAGCGUCUUCUUGGAAAAGGUGCUGUGGGAGCUAUAUGUCUAGGCUGUGCAGGCAUGUCCGGCAUGGACGAGAUAGUCAGAACUGCGUGUAUUGAGGAGCUGGGAGAAGCAAAAGGCAGCGAGGUCCGAAUUGUGGAUGGCGUUAAGGCAGGCGUAGCAACGCUUGAAGGACUUGUCCGAGCAAGUUUCUAGUCACGGCCCGUUCACACACUUCUCUACGGUGGUGGUCUUUCAAAAUCCCAAAAGCCGGAGCACAUUUUGUUGCUUUCAGCACUUUUUUUUUCGCUCCAUGUCAUAGCGCUGGCGGUCAGACUUUUAGUACAUCACAGCGACUGCACAGCAUGAAAGAAACCAAAUUCUGUUAUUUUAUAACCGCCAAUUACCUCGUCAAUAGAAAACCAAUGUUAUAAAACGCC